AUGAGCAAGGAGGAUUAUGAAAGAGAUCGUAUACGUUGGCAGCAGAAAUUGGAUGAUACGUCGAAACGCUUAGCCGAUGCCGAAAUCGUCAAUUCCGAAAUGAAUCAAAUCAAAGCUGAAUUGAACAAAAAAAUUGUUGAAAUGGAACGAAUCCAACGACCUCUGAUCGAACAAAAUCGUCGGUUAACUGAACGAAAUCGCAUACUUCAAAAUGAAAUGAAGAACUGCGAGCAAAAGUUGUGCCAUUCGCAGGAUGAUUUUCUGACGUUGAAGGAUGACUAUGAAAGAUUGGUAAAAGACAAUCAGAACCUAAAGGAAAGAAGGGCUUUUCCUGAAAAACUGGAAGAAUUAGACAGGUAUAGAAAUCAAGUACUAGAGUAUUCCAAGUGUAUCACUGCACUGAGGCAAGCAGGUUUGGAGAAGGAUCGCCGCUAUGAUUUGUUAGUUCAAAAAUUCAAAAGACUGAGAAAAUGCAUAUCUUCUCGAAAAAAUGGUGAAACUGAGGAGGAUAGGCAGUCUUCUUUUGGUGGAUCUGAUUGUUCUGCUGAAAGUUCUAUCUCACUAAACACCAUCACAGAAGACUUGAACGAGGCACUUGAUAAAGAUAUUGAAAACGGUUACCAACAAAUCGCUCACGAAGGUGAACAGCUUCGACGGACAUUAUCAGCAUUGAAAACGGGUGAAUAUGGGCUUGAAGAUGAUCAGCUUUUAAGGCAUCAGCUAAUUUGCGCCCAAACAACAAUUGCUCAACAACAGAUUGUUAUCGAGCAACAACAAUUUCAAUCGGAAAAUACGAUGGAAUUGUUGGAUAGUAUCGCUAGACUACAGGAUCAGAUCGUGGAACAGCGCUCUAAAAUGGAAAGCAUGGAAGCAGAAUUGAUCGAAUCCAAGGAAAUGAACGAAUUAUUGGAAUUUCAGAUUCUAGAAAAUAAAGAAAACAUGGAGCAUGAAUUUGAGGAACGACAAACACUGAAAGAGUCGGCAAGCAAGGAUACGAUGACUGAUUCAUGGAUCAGUGAAGAAGAUGAGUGCACGUUUCUUAGUCAAAUGCCACCUUUAUCAGAUUUUGGAGAAGUUUGUAAUCGGAAAUGCGAAUUGAUCAAUCUGCGUCGAUCUGCAUCGUUGAAUAUGAAACAGAGAGAGCUCGUCCAACAAAUACUCACCUACAUCGAACAUUUGGAAGACCAAUUGCUGAAUAUCAAAAUAGAUACAGAGCAGAAAAUGUAUCAGUUUACACUGAAAGAAACUGAGAGCGCGACAAAAAUACAGGAUCUUGAGGAACAAGUCAAGCAGUCAAAUUCAAAACAAAAGAAGAAGGAUGAUAUGCAAAUUGAAGUAGAACUAUUACGUAAGCGCGAACAUGAACUCGAUUCAGAGAAGCAAAUGCUAAAUGGUGAAGUGAAUCGGAUGUCCAAAGAAAUGGGUAAGUUGAGGUAUCUCCUGCAACAGAAGGACGAACAGCUGGUUUUGCAGAGCAAUAAAGGUUCUGAACAAGAAAGCCGGAUCGCUAAGCUGAAAACUCAGAUGCAGUGUUGUAUGAAUGAAAAUAAUGAGUUAUGCUGUCAGUUACGAAAGUGCACAGAAUCCUUACAACAGUUCGAGGGAAUUCUGGCAAAGAAGGAAGAAGAAAUGAAACUGCUGGAGAAGGAAAACGCUAGGUUGCAGAUGGAGCAUAAUACUGCUCUCGAUGAAAUACAGCAAUUGAAGGACAAUAUAAGACCUGAAGUAAAAACAGAUUUAGAAGGACGUUUUGAAGAAUAUCGCUAUCGCCUUUCGUGCGCAUUGAAGACGGCGCACGAAUAUGAAGAUGAAAUUUCAAAGCUAAGAAGUCGUGUGACUAAAUUGGAAUCAAAAAGCGAAGAAAGAAAUGAUGAUACAAUGAUAGAAUUAGAGCAAAUUCGUGAGUACAGCGAACAACUUGAAGAACAGUUUGCGGCCCAAGUAAGCAUCAUCGACGCGCUGAAACGGAAAAUUGUGCAGCAAAAAGCGCUAACUGACUUUUUGUGGAGCUUGACAGAAACUGAUGAAUUGAGCUUCGCAAAAGCAGAAGACAAACUAACCAGAUUCAAGUCAUUACAGCAGGAUGAAACGGAUUGUCAGUUGAUGGACGCUGUCCAGAAACUGUUAAGGCUUGUGUCAACUAAUUGUGCUUAUAGCUACAAAACGUUACCCACUUCUCUUUCCUGA